ACCGUGCAGUGGAAAACAAAAUCGAAAGAAAACACACUCGUCGUGAAACAGCCAUCGAACGUACGCACACGGAAAGUCUUGAGCGAAAUUGUAAAUGAAAUCUCUGCCGACCGUGCAGCGGGCCGUGCUGCUUCUCCGACCACCCAGCCAGGAAGUGUGAAAAUUCGUGCGGAAAGGUUAGUGUUGGCAAAAACAAAAAACAACGCGGCGACCAAGACUUCGAACACCCCUGGCCGAAGAAGAAAAAGCAAAGAAGACAGAGUGGCAUUUUUGUUGGUGUGCCCCGUAGGUGACUGUCGCUGUCGUGUGGUUGUCGCCCGUUGCUUCUUCCCGUUGGGCUCGAGGUGUGUGUGUGUGAGUGUGUGCACAAAUUAUGUUUUUCCCAUUUCAACGCGUGUCGCUCCAAUAACACAUCAUCGUCAGCAGCAGCAGCAGACCCAAACCUGUGCAAACGCCUUAAUCGGGCCUUAAUUGUGCUCUUCACCCGAACGGAAAUCAUCUGUGUGUCGGAGCGAAACUCUGGCGGAUGCACCUGUGGACCCCAACCCCGCCCCCCCCCCCAUUUGCUCUGUGCUGUGCUUGUUGUCUUCCCGUUGAGCUGAGUGGCAGAAGCAGAGCAUCAAAAGGAAAGACAACAUUUACGCACCCUCGCUACUCGCCUACUACAUGCGCUGCAGCUUCCUCGAACGUUCGAGUAUCGACACAGACAGACUUGCCAGACACACACACCCAGAGUGUUUGCUCGACCCGUCGGCGAAGAAUGCAGUUUUAUUACAUUACCGUACCCGACGGUGACCGCCCCGGUUGGUCGUGAUUAGAAACGAACGAUCACGCGCGAACGCAAAAAGAGCAAAAGAAACAACGCCGUGGCUUGAGCUGGUGGGCGACCGGAAAUCGGAUGAAAGCAGUGUAGCAGUACCGCUAAGAAGAGUUUACAUCCUUAUACAUUCGCAAGCAAACACAGACACAGACAGAAGUGGCGCGUUAGGAGGGGACAAAACCGCGCAGCCGGGGGUUUGAGGGCAAAAGAUGCACACGUGGUGCGGUGCGCUGGCCAGAGAGUGUGAAAGUGUGCGGGCACAUGCCGAUGUGAUGUGGUGAGCGAGACUGCUGUCUGGUGCUGGUGGGGCGGUGCUGGUGUCGCAAAACUCUUGUUCUUCCACUCCUUUCCAUCGUCCGUCGUGGCAGCCGCGCGCCGGUGCAUUCUAGAUUGCAGAUUCUUUGUUGCACGGGGCAUACCACCGUUGCAUCCUUUGUGUGUGAAGCCGUGUGAGUGUGUGUGUGUGUGUGUGUGUAGCAGCUCAGGGAGGACCAGCUUUCUUGUCUUUUGUGUGUCUGCGAGUCAGUGGAAAAGAAAACCCGCAGUUUCAGUUCACUCAUAGUGCGCUGCUGGCGGUGGUCUUGUACAGCGCGCGUGGCAUAGAAGAAGACAUCGGCCGUGUGGUGCCCUAAACUUAUCGAUAAAGCAAAUCCACGCGCCAGUGUAGUGGGUGUGCAAAAAGCUCGCACGAAUCGAGUUGGUGUGCGUUUUUAUUGCGAAUGUGCCAGCCAAACCGAGCAGCCGAAACGCUAAAAAGGUGACCCCCCGGGUGAGGACGCUCCUCCGCGUGCUAUAUCGAUUCUAUGUGUGGUGCUAUUCCGUGUGUGGUGCGAGCUCGAGUGUGCUAGUUUGAUUGUUCCCAGUCGCCCUUCCCCUCUCCCGACCUUUAUUCCUUCCACCACACCACAACCACGGUCAGGCUGGUUUACCCGGGCACGAUGAAUGCAGCGCCGGAUUUCGGGACCGCAAUCCGGCAGAACGGCUCGCCCAAGCACGACUUUCCGCUGCAGAACGGUCCGAACCAUCAUCCGGUCGAGUACCAGAAUUACAUCGGGGGCGGUGCUGGCGGUGGUGGUGGUAUGCAAAACCAACAACCAAACCAUCAACAGCAACAGCAGCAGCAGCAGGAUCUGACCAUCGAUGGCAUACCGAACAAUUUCCCCCAUCGGCGAUCGCGCGCCUCGAGAACGUUCAAGAAUCCGCCCCAGCCGCACAUGUGCAUCAAGGAGCGGACGCUGGACGGGAAGGAGGUGUUCAUCAACGUGCUCAGCUGGACGCGUAUCGCCAACCCGGACAAUCCGGACGCACCGAUACCACUGUACGGGGGCAUGAAAGUGGGCAAGAUUCCACCCGGCAGCCCGAAAGCGCCACCGCUCGUCUACGCCGUAAUGGCCAGCCCGGAGGUGCUGAAGAAGGCCGGUCGUAAAUGCCCCGACACACCGGAACGAAUGAAUCUGGUCGAUUUGAUGUGCGAGUUUGUGGAAGCCAUGAAUCCUUCUUUACAUCUGUCGAGAAAACCUGAAAUACUCAAGGACCGCGACCUGUCCGGCGAGCUGAAAGACGUGUGGAGUGCGGUGCAGGCGUGCCGCGAUAAGGGCCGCUCGGACAACGGGCCGCCCGAGAAUCUAGUCGUGUACACCGAGUUCGGCCCGGACAGUGCACCCAGCUACGAGCAGACGAUACAGCAACAUCACCACCAGCAGCAGCAUCAGCAGCAGCUGCAAUAUCAGCAACAGUACGAUCAGCUUCCAAACACACCCGACCAGCAAGGCCGUUUUCCAUUAUCAACUGGCCAGCAGCAGCAGCAACAUCAUUACCCUUAUCAUCAUCAACAACAACAACAACAACAACAACAACAAAGUGCAAUUACUCACAACAACCACAGCAACUCCUCCAUACUGACCAGUAUUGAACCGAUCUCAACGCUCUCCGCUACGGACGGUGCUAACGGUACCGAUGGCUCGCCGCUGAACGGAUCCAGCUGCUACGCCAUGCUGGACGAGUUUCUCUCGAAGGAAGCGGAAAGCCUGCGACUGUCGGCGAGCAACGGUAGCAACGGAACGACACUGCCUAACGCGGACGGUAACGCGAACUCCACACUGACCUCGUCUUCUUCCGCUUCAUCUACUCCAACCGUGCCACAAACGUCACCGACGAAUCCCCCGACGUCGGCCGCAGCAGCAGCAGCCAGCGCAACGCCCGCACCGGUGCCUGCAAAAGAAGCGACGAAAAGCUCCUCGGGGCACACCUUUUUUCCUAUGUUUCGCUCGUCGAAAAGCAGCUCUAGCAGCAGCAGCAGCAGCAGCACUACUACUAACAGCAAUAGUAGCAGUGGUGCUAACAACAACACUGCCAACAACGCACAGCUAAACGCCGGCAGUCAGGCUGGGGAGAAACCGACCGUGAACGGUGGCAGCGAACCAGCCGCUCCCGUGUCUUCCGCCCCGACCACUGACAGUGCCCAGGGUGCGCCCGAACCGCCCACCCCGAAGGCGGCCAAAACGAGCAGCAAAAAGAGUGGGCUUAACUUUUUCCGCCGCAACAAAUCGUCGACGGCAGCGGCGGCGUCGGACACCGCCUCCAGCAAGAAGGACCCGUCCACCACACCAACCAAACAACCUCCCGCCCCGGUGGUGGUGGCCAGUGUGCUACCGGCUGGGCUAUCUUCCGCUACCUCCGCACCGGCCACGCCGGCAGCUACCGGGGCCGCAUCGACCGGGCCAACCGAGGCCAAGCUGCAGGACAACAUGCCGGAUGCUUUGCCGUCGCACGGUUUAGCUAACCACCGUACCCAUCAGCACGGUGGCGCGUACCAUCUGGACGGUGGUAGCAAUAAUGCCAGCAAUGGUGGAGGCGGCGGCGAUGGUGAAAUCCACGAAACCACCAGUGCGGCCACGAUCGCGGCAAAGUAAGGGCGGUGGGGGGCGCACAACGUACGCAUGAGUGCGAGGGGCAGACCCUGUGGCAUGUGAUAUUUUCGGCUGGGCAGGACCCUUCCUACCCCCCCUUUCCUCUCCUUCUUCGGACGGUGGGCAAGAGAAAAACAAUGAGUGUUGAUUGAUGGUUAUUGACGAUUUUAGUAUUAUCCGAUUCGAUUCACACACCAUCCGCACAUUCAGCUGUGUAAUUUGGAUACAGGGGGCCGUGUAUGGGUGUGUGUGUUGAGGUGCAUAGGUGUGUGUAUGUGUGUGUAUGUGGGAAUGUUUGUGGUAUGUAAAUAGCAGUCGCACGAAGGGAAAAACGAUUAAAACAAAAUAGCGAAAAGUGUGCAAGUAUAUCGCUGCAGCAGCAUUUCAGUCAUCAUCUUCACCGUCAUAGAAGAAUGCGUGCGUGUUAGAAUUGUUUCCGCAAUGGGCAGCAUUUUUAUUUGUGCCCAAGAUUGGUACCAUGAUCAUGCAGUAAAGCUCCUCUUCCUCCCAACUGCAGCGUAGUGUGUAUUAGCUUCAUCCAAACUCAUCGCCAUCAUUCAUGCCGAUGCACGGAGAAGCUUCAAGCACCCCCCCCCCCCAAACGCUACUGCCAUCUGAACUCUCUUUCCCCCCUUUGGCUAAAAGGGAUGGGAAACAGUAGACUUAUCAACAAUCGAUUUUAAACGCACGGCAGGAAUAGGAAACGAAACUUUUGUACCAGCGGGCUACGACCCACAGCGUCGUAAGCUACCUUUCGCAGUGCUUUUGCUGUAGGGAUGCUUAGACAAAUGACACUAGUGUAUGUGUGUGUGUGUCUCUUUUUUGCAUGAAACACACUACCGCAUAUCCAUUGGUAGGCAAGCAAGGAGAGAGAUAUAAAAAUGUAUUAAUGCUCGCUCGCAUGUAGAGCGGAAAGCAGCUAGCAGUAUUGCUUUUAAAACCAUUGGCUUCCCGUAGUCAGGCAGCAGUCCCGAACCCCCGCAUGGUGCGGUAGCAUAAAUAAGCGCACACUAUUGUGUGAAAUUUAGUAUGAAAUUCAAACGCGCGGUUGUCUGGCGGCCACCACAGCACGGUGCUUGUUGAGAGAUUGUGGUUCUGCAGCAGUGGAGUGAUACGAUAGUCAGCAGAAGCAUAACACGCUGAUGAGCGGCUGUUAAUGUGCAUAGCAGUGUUGUCAAUUUUGCGGAAGAGUAAUGUUAGCGGAAAUGGGAAAGAAGUGUUAAAAUGAGCAAGAAAGGGAAGAUGGUGAUGCAGCAGAAGGCGAACAGUACCGAGGACCUCAGGCUGGUGUGUAAAUGCGUGUUAUCAAGUACAUUGCUAUUAUCGAUCGAUCGUUCUCGUUUUGGGCACUGAAAGGAUGUAGGGAAAAGAGGAUAGAGCCAUUUUACGACGGUGCACAUUUUCUACUUCUUAUUCCAUCGUUCGGGCUAUCUCAUACACAAACGGGACCGGACCGGAAGGCUAUCUUUUCUAUUGCUUACGGUAUACAUUACAUGUACUAUAUGGUAACCUUUUGUGAAAAGAUACUCUCUUUAAGCUACUUAGAACACCUCACAGACAUAGACACUUACACACUUACACACACACACACACACACACACACACACACACACACACACACACACACACUUACACACACACACACACACACACACACACACACACACACACACACACACACACACACACACAUAAACAGAUACAAAGAGAUCGAACCAACGCCGCUUAGGGCGCGCAACGCAACAUGCUGCCAUUUUUUUGUUGUUGCUUUAGUCAAAACAGCUAAGGACACACGUUUGCUCGGUUCAACAACAUUUGGGUUUGACUUUGGGUUACUACGAGACUGCGGAAUGGAACGGUGCUCUCUCACUCUCUUGUAUUAGUAGUUAGAGCUAGGUAGGAAGUAGCGAUGCGUGCAGUACAGCUAGGCAAAGGGAAGGUUCGAACACUUCCAGUGCGAAGUAGGAAAAAUAUAUCCAUCGGGGCUAGUCUACGUACCGUUUUGCACGCAGGACCAUUGUUAGGCGUUCGCACUGAUCCCGUAGCGUAUUGACAGUGCAGUCGAAUACAAGACAAGGUUAGUUUAGCAGAGAGCGGCAAUUAAACGCAACGCGUACAGAUGGGACAGUUAAACAUAAGCAAAAAGUAUUCCGCACCUUUGAUCGUACUGAUUUUUAAACAUAAAAAACAAACAAUUUUAGCAAACUCUGCCGAACCGGGUGCGCGUAACCGGUCGCACGUGAUCUUAUAUAUGCUUAGUUUGUGCGUUUUUUUAUACUUAUAUAUACGUGUAUAUGGCAACAGUUUCCGUACUGAUUCGGUUUAGUGAUUUAAGCGAGCGGAAUAAUUUACAAAAAGCUAGGAUAGCCAACACACACAUCCAACAACACAAACACUCACACAUAAACAAUCUAUUUGUUCCUUCUUCGUACUUGUUAGCUGUAGAGAGUAGUGCGAUAAUCUUUAUAACCCCCGGAGAUGUAUGCUUUUCCCCUGCAGGCUCCACAAUGAAAGACGUGAACCGAGAUCUCAAACUGAUUCGAUGACCUUUUUGAGGGUAGCGAUCGAAGACGAUCGAAUUUAGUUUUGCUCUCUCUCUCUCUCUCUCGACUUCUGAUUCUGUUUUGGAACGAAUCUUGAACAGACGAGGGAAAAGAACGUUACACAAUGCCCUCUACAUUGGCAAAUUCAUUAUUAUGAAUAGGCUCAUUCAUUCCUCACUUACUAUUUCUAUCCCAGCUAGGUUUAAUGGGAACAGUUAGCAAAAUGGAUCGUUAGCAAGCGUACUAACAUAGUAUCGUCAGUUUAGUACAGAUUAGGGUAGCAUUAUUUUCCUUCCUCGCUCUCUCUCUGUCUCAUGCUCAGGCGAGAACGACAGAACAGUUGAAGCUAACGGCAAGUGAUAAGGUGAUCGAGCAGAGUGUGCACUGCGAGCAGAGAGGCGCAAAAAGUAUUUAUUUAAUUUCCCGGCUAUCCCGGACAGCGAUAGCAAAGAAGAACGGUGCGUGUGAGUGUGUGUUGUGUGCGUCGUGAGUGGGUCUUUUCUUUCGUGUAAUGCAGUGUAGUGUUUUUUUUAAUCAUAAUUGUUUAGAUAUAUUUCAGCGCGCAAUAUCAAAACCGCGCCCUUUAGCUAAUGUGCACAGGUUGCAUUUCCGAAAUGGAGGAGGAAGAAACCCCAAUCCCUUUUUCGGAUAUGCCACGUGUUUUUGCUCUCUUGGGUUUUGGCACACGCCUCCCCCUUCCCGAGCCCAGUACAUAUGGAGUAAUUAAUUUUGCAGAAAAAAAGGCAACAAAACCCGCACACAGCACGCACUGAAAAGUGGUGCAGUUUAUCAAAAUACCCGUUCAAGGUGUGCGUGUGGGUUUGUGUAUGUAUGUAUGUAACUCGCGCACUCAGUAUGUUUUUUGUGUCUAGUUUUUUCGUAUGAUCAUCAAAUCUGUCCUACUAGGGCGUUUAAAUUAUAAAACAGAAUGGAAAGCAAAAAAAACAGCAACAAAAAAAAAAACAAACAAACAUCCACUGUCAAGUAUUCACGCUGAGAA